AUGAGAAGACACAAGCAAUUCCACAAGUCCCUGCCGACAUCAACUUACGCCAAAACCCUCCCCAAGACUACAAACUACGUCGAGAUCAAAAAGGCUCCGUCGAAGCUCGUCGCCUACACCGUGACAGUCCAGUUCGCGGAAAAUGGCGACUCAAGGUUCCCCCUGCUGUCCAAAGAACAACCGCAGCGUCGCCGAGAGCUUAGGCGGGUCUUCGAAAGCUUGAAGCAUCUUCAUCCGCUACAUUCGCGGACGGACUGGUCGACGGACCUCACGAAUGUUUGGUCUGUCAAGAAGUUGUUCGAUGGUACAGAGCUCACAAUAUCCGACAUCAAGUACUUCAAGUCGAACGGACAUUCGGCCUCUGUGCCCCGGGUUACCUUCACCUUGGACGGAGAACUCGACCUGAGCCGCGGUCACCUGGAUCUGAUUGAGGCAAAAACCGCUGAUGGUAGUACCGACGCCGGCAUUAAAGCGCGGGCUCUUAAUGGCAUCGUCUCGACUUUCAUGUUCCUUUCGACCUCGACGCCCAUCACACAAAUUGGUGCCAACCGGUUCUUUCUCACGGACGCAUACGAAGAUCUAGGCCCAGACUGCCCAUUCUUCACUCUUCGCGGGUACCUUUCGUCAAUUCGACCAGGCAACGAUCGCAUGCUUCUCAAUAUCAACACGACAACGUCGGCUUUCUUCAAGCCGGUUCUUGUUUCACAAUUCUUCCGGAUUAUGCUCCAAUCUGGCAUGAAGGAGUGGAUGAUUAAAGGUCUCCUGAGGAAGCAGGUAGUCCGGAUCACCUAUGAGAGGCCUGUUCGUCCAGGAGCUUCGGUUGACAUCAAUGGGGAAGAGGCUCGGAGAAAACAAAUUGCAGGUUUCGGAGAGGUUCCAGGGGAGCAAACUUUCCUAUUGGAUGGCAAAGAGACGACCGUAUUCGAUUACUUCAAAGAUUCCCCUGGGUGUCCCCUCCGACGCAGCAGUACGAUGCCCUGCGUUAAUAUCGGGGCGAACCGCCCGGGCAGAGAACAGUGGAUUCCGGCGGAGUUUCUGGAGCUCGACUUUCCGCAGUUGUACAGAGCACUCCUUCCCUCUGCCUUCACCGACAGGAUGAUGAGCGUUGCUCUCCGCGGUCCGGCAGCAAAUGCGAAUCUCAUCGUCAACGAGGGCCUGGAGGAGAUUGGCUUCGAGAUUGACGAUAAGCUUAUCGAUGUCCCGGCGCGUAUCCUGGAUGGACCAAAGCUUCAAUAUGCUGCUAGAAAAGGAAAGGCCCAGCCAGUGUCGCCGCAGUUUGCCAGCUGGAACCUGGUUGACCAACAGAAACGGAAACAUUCCUUUGCGGUACCAUCAGUUGUUCCUAGAAUCGGAAUACUCACACUGGGACAAUCACGAGUAGAUCCUCAACGACUAGCUCGAGAGCUCCGCAGGGUGCUGAAAGAACACGGUGUUGAGGUCACAAACGCAUCACUGUGGCACAAGGUCGCAAUGCCACGACCAGACCAAGAAGGCAGCUAUGUCGCCUCAAUGAAGGACAUCAUUCUCAACAUUGAGGAGGGCAUGAGAGAAAACGCCAUAACCCUGGUCCUUCUUCCUAAGCAAGAUGCAGACCUCUAUGCGGCCCUGAAGACGAACAAACUAUUUCAAACCGACCAGCCUCUCUCAAACAUUGCUCUGAAGUUCUCGUUAAAGACAGGAGGUCGACCUCACCAGAUCGCCGGUGGUAUUCGCGCUUUGGGUAGCGAUACCAUGAUCAUCGGUGCGGACGUCACGCAUCCAUCUGCAGAUGCACGUGCGCAUUGCCCCUCGGUUGCUGCAGCUGUCGGAAGCUUCGAUGAAUUUGCAGUCAAUUACACAGGCUCCAUAAGGUUGCAAAAGAGCCGCCAAGAGAUCAUCGAAGACAUUGGCGGAAUGACGACCGAGCUCCUUAACUUGUAUGGAGCCAAGAACAAGAAAUUUCCUUCCAACAUUGUGUACUACAGGGAUGGAGUGGGCGAGACGCAAUAUGACGCCAUCCGCAAAAUGGAGAUAACGUCGAUCGAGCAAGCUUGGAUGGAUCUCAAGAAAUCCGGCAAGCCUGCGAGUACCACGACAGUGAAGAUUACCUGCAUGGUUGUGGGCAAGAGACACCACACCAGGUUCUUCCCCAAGAGCCAAAAAGAUGCAGACCGAUCGAACAACGUGAAGCCGGGGUUGGUAGUGGAUUCAGUGAUUACCCACCCCUACUGCUUCGACUUCUAUCUCCAAUCACAUGCUGCUGUCAAGGGAACAGCAAGGAGUGCCCAUUACUUCUUGCUCCGCAACGACAUGAAGCUCGAUGCCAAGCAGCUUCAAGAAUUGACUCACGCUCUUUGCUACACGUACGGUACUGCCACCAAGGGCAUAUCAUACUGCGCCCCUGCAUAUCUUGCAGACAAACUCUGUGAGCGCGGAAGGUAUUACAUUCGCGACUGGCUCCUCGGUCGCCCUGGCUUAUCCUCAAUGAUCCCGCCGUACAGCAGGAGUAUGGCGCCUACUGUCCAGGACCAUGAACGGCUAGUAGCAAGGCGCUUGAACGUUUCCCGCCCGUUCAAUAUUUGGGAGACCGCUCAGAAUGGAAGGUUCAAGGGAAGGAUGAACCCUUGGCACCAGAACCUAGACGACAAGAUGUUCUGGAUUUGA